GCAUCUGGUCCUGGUUGAUGAAACCGUUUGGUACCGGGCGGAUGUUCGGUUUUGAAAUUACAUUCGUAGCUGCGAAGAAUAUUGCUGUGGUUAGGAGGCGGUAAUAGUAGUGGGCCAGGAUGAGUGGAAAAGAUACGGACGAGCUUGAGGCCGCCCUGAGCCAAAAGUCCCCGUCGAAAGAAACUCCGAGCAACAAUGCGGUGCUGACAGAACUAACACGCCAGGCGGCUAUCAUCCAAAUAGUGAUGGCCGUGGUAGCCAACGUCACCAUCAUUUCAUCCGGCAUGGGCAUCGGAUUUCCGUCGAUUGCCCUGAUUGAGCUACAAAACUCUACGUCUUCGGUUGUACUGUCCGAGUCCGAAGCAACAUGGUUUGCUGCUAUUACCUCCAUCAUGUGUCCGUUCGGGGGACUGCUUUCCGGCUAUCUGCUGGACAAGGUCGGCCGCAAGAAGACCCUGUACUUUAUCAAUCUGAUAUCAAUCGUGUCGUGGGCAAUAAUGUCGUUUGCGAGCCGCACCGAUGCCAAUACGCUAUUUAUCCAGCUCAUCGUGGCGCGUAUAAUCAUAGGUCUUGCGAUAGGCUUAUCUAGUACUCCAGCAUCGGUGUACGCAGCGGAGGUAGCCCAUCCGAACCUACGAGGACGCCUCACGCUGCUGACCGCUUUCUGCACUGCCAUCGGUAUGCUCAGUAUCUAUACACUCGGUUAUGUGUUCAAGAACGAUUGGCGAUUCGUGUGCAUGAUUUGUGGGGUCUUUACCGUCGUGUCCUUGCUGACGGUGAUACCCCUGCCGGAGUCACCCAGUUGGCUGGUGAGCAAGAAGCGAAUGGAAAAAGCCGAACGAUGCCUUAAGGUGGUCCGCGCGGUCAAAGAGGACGACAAUCCAGAGAUCCGUGCUGAGCUGGAUGCGCUUGAACAAAACAUUGCCCGAUUCCGCUCGUCACAGAAUUCGAAGAAUUCCAAGCUCGAUCAGCUGAAGAAACCAGAGGUCUACAAACCGCUCAGCAUCAUGUGCACGUUCUUCUUCUUCCAGCAGUUUACCGGUAUCUUCGUGAUCAUCGUGUACGCGGCUAGCUUUUCCAUCGAGGCCGGUGUCGCUAUCGAUCCAUUCCUCAGCGCGGUUUUCGUCGGAUUAACGCGUGUCGUCACCACCGUCUUGAUGUCUUUCAUAUCGGACAAGUUUGGUCGUCGUCCACCGGCCCUGUUUUCCGGCUUCGGUAUGGCCUGUUGCAUGUUUGGACUCGCCGUUUGCGCUAUUCAUCCGGUCAAGGGAACCGCUCUCGGCUUCCUGCCGACCGUUCUGCUGGUGGCGUUUAUUUUCACAGCCACGCUAGGCUUCCUCACGCUACCAUUUUCAAUGAACGCAGAGGUUUAUCCGACCAAAAUAAGGGGUUUCGCAUCCGGACUGACGAUCUUCUUCGGCUACACUAUGUCGUUUAUUAUUCUGAAGAUUUAUCCCUCGUUAGUCGAUUCACUGGGAAAUGCCAACGUAUUCAUCAUGUUUGGAUGCAUUUCAGUGUUGGGUAUCGCCUUUGUAUACUACUUCCUGCCUGAAACCAAGGGACGUACCCUUCAAGACAUCGAGGAUCACUUCCGAGGCAAGACGGCUUCCGAUAAGGGUGAAGUCGAAAUGACGACGAUACUCAAAGGAAACCAGGCAAAUCAGGACACGUAAUAUUAGUGCUACAAAAGUGCAAGUGCAAUCGAACAAAACGAACCUAAAAAAAAAGCAACGAAACAAAACAACACAUAACAAAUGACCUACUCAAAGGAACUGUGAUAAGGCAUCGGUACAUAAAACUAUGUGCAACUUUUCUACUGUUUUUUCGACAACUUAACUUCCAAGAAUGCUUAUGAACGAUCGAAAUGACGGUGCGCUUAUGUUUAGAGUUUAGAGUCGAAAAACAGGAUCAACCCACUGCCCGGAAAUGAAUAUCACAACACUAAAGACAAAUGACUAUAGAUUAAACAAGAUUCAAUUCUAAGUGCUGCUUGCAUAUUGUGUGUUAUUCAAUGAAAGAAUUUAUAGGAUGCUACGACUUACGUUAUUCAAGGAUGCAAUUCUGAAAGUAUUUUUUCAAUAAUUAAUGUAAUUACU